CAGAAUUAUGUUACUGUAACACACCCACCCCAACCGCAGGAGCAGUGUCUCCCAAACACAUUUAUGCAUUCUGACCAUUGCCAGUGCUGGUAAAACACUCAUGAGCACAGCUCCAAUAUAUGGAGCAGAACAAACAGCCACUGCACCCACUGUGUUUUGUUACAGACUCAAAGGGGAACAUUCUGCUACAUUCUACUUGGGCGACGGAGGGCAGGAACCAAGGCAUAAGCACUAGCACAGCACUCUAGUAGCCCUACUCUAUCUUCCUUUCCUCCCUCUCACAACCAGCUAUUGUGUAUAUAGGUUCAGGGAAAAUGUGUUCCCACUGGUGACUAUUGUUCAUUAUUCUUUAUGAGGUCCAUCUGCCUCAGUCUCUGCAGGUUAAUUAUCCACAUGGGGUAAAUCCAACCUCAUGACUGGUAGCAGUAACCAGGAUGUUUGUUGCUGUUCCUCUUUGGGGUUGUAACCUACUUUUCCAGGCAGGUUCCUGCACCCUUGACAACUGAACACCCAUACUGCUAGACAAGAGGUGAUGAUGUUCCUGACUUUGAGUUGGAGCCACGAGGGACAUUUCACCUGUCGAACAUUUUUGCUCAAUGUUGAACCACUCCCUAAGGCUAGAUUGACUACCUGUAAACCCCACAUCUGUGUCUCUCCCCUUUUGGAAUUUUCUGCAUCCAGACACCUAAAUAAAGGCAAUGGGGUUUUGAUAUGUGUUGUUUCUUUGUCGGUAAAGAAUCGUAGGGAGGGAAUAUCUUUCCCCCCAGCCAACAUGAUAUGAUUUUGUUUCAGGACAGGACAAAGGGAAAUGGGCAGGGAAUUUGAUAGGGGCUUAUUGGGGACUUGAGACAAAUGGUCAUUUUUCAGCAAUGAUUUGUCAGUUUUAAAGAAUGGCUUGCUCUUUGCCUGUUGCAUUUGUUUCCCUCCAUUUUCACCAAGAACAGAAAGGAAUCCUCUAAAUUUGUUUGGCUCACUUUCUUCUAAUGGCACAGCAGGCUAUGUCAAAAACCCCAGGGGCGCACAUGCAAUUUCCCCCUGUCUUAUUCCUUUCCUCCCUCUUCUUCAUAGCCAAUAGUUCUAGUGGGACACUAUUAAAUAUGAAAAUGUUAGAAGGAGAGCAAAUGGGAUGAUUAAAAACAACUGUUCAGCUCUGAGGAAUACCUAUACACCAAUUUACCUUGGCAGCAAGAAGAACUGCUGUGGCUGGCAAGACAAGCAGGGUGAAGUAAUUCUGUGUGUGCACGCAUGGUGGAGAGAGGGAGAUCUGGGGUUUUACAAUGAAAAUAGGCUUGGAGAAUUAAACGUGCAUGUUCAAAGCAAGGGUCAAGAACCUGUGCCCCCCUCAGAUGUUGCUGGAUUACAUCAUCCAUGAUUAUUGAUUAUCAACCCAAGCCAGGUUAUUAACUGGCUGGAGUUGAUGGAAACAAACUCACUGAGCCGGCAGAGGGUGCAAGGUCAGAAUCACCAUUCAAAACUACACACAUACAAAUAUUUAGUAAUAGACACAAGUACAAUGACCCCUGGUCAUUAUAAUAAUAAAAAGUUGGCAAAUAGUGCUUGGAAGGCAGACCUUUCGGUAUAGCAGUGUUCUUGUGUUUCAUGUACCGUUCAUAUCAGUGAAAAUAUAUUUUGCACAGCGUACACUACCCCACUCCAUUACUUCCUUGCUGCUUCUGUAAGCUGAAAAAUAUGUAUGUACUUUAGACAGGAACUCGGGUGAAUCUCCACUGAUCUUCCGAUGACAUCAUGUUAGCUGUGUCUUCAACCCUUUAAAUUCUUUUGUUGCACAACAAAAGAAAAAGAGUAAUUUCCAUUCCUGCUCGGUGUAGGCAUUGUUCACCCUGAUCCUAAACAUAUUACUUAGAAGCAAGUUGCAUCAGUUUCAGUGGUAUAUACUGCCAUGAAGAUAAAGUUGAAGAUGAAUUGGAAAUGACCACAGUAUGUUACCGGCCAGAAGGACUAGAACAACUUGAGGCACAAACCAAUUUCACAAAGAAGGAACUUCAAGUGCUUUACAGAGGAUUCAAAAACGAAUGUCCUAGUGGAGCUGUUAAUGAAGAGACGUUCAAACAGAUCUAUGCACAGUUUUUCCCACAUGGGGAUGCUAGUAUGUAUGCCCAUUAUCUCUUUAAUGCAUUUGAUACAGCACAGAAUGGAUCUGUGAAAUUUGAGGAUUUUGUGAUGGCACUAUCCAUUCUGUUGAGAGGAACAGUUCACGAAAAGCUACGAUGGACAUUUAAUCUGUAUGACAUAAAUAAAGAUGGCUAUAUAAACAAGGAGGAAAUGAUGGAUAUAGUAAAGGCAAUUUAUGAUAUGAUGGGCAAAUACACCUACCCAGUACUGAAAGAUGACGCUCCAAGGCAGCACGUAGAAGUUUUUUUCCAGAAAAUGGAUAAAAAUAAGGAUGGUGUCGUUACUCUGGAUGAGUUUAUUGAGUCAUGUCAGGAGGAUGACAAUAUCAUGAGAUCCUUACAGCUUUUUGAAAAUGUCAUGUAACAGCAGCUGAAGAACAGCAUAGGAAUCUGAGACUUUAUAUGUAAUGAGACCCUGAAGAAAAUGAGUCAAGAUUUUUCUCCCUGCCACCUUUUUUGAUGAAAGCUUUUUACUACUUGGACAUACUCAGCGUGCAAGGAUUUUAUAUGCCAUCGCAAACUGAGCUGUGUCUCUGAAUGCAACAAACUCCAUCUCGCCUCCCUCAAGAGACACUGAUUAGAAUUUAUUUCAUUUGGAAGCAUGCUAAUAAAACCUGACCAGAGAGA